CGGAAUAUUCCGAGCUUCCCACCACCACCCAGCAUAUCCUCCGUUCGUCCUCCUCUGCACCCGCCCCCUAUUUAUCUCUCCUCUCCCCUCUUCCUCUCAACCUCCCUCCGAAUUCUCCACCACUCCGAUCGAAUUCUGGUUCCUCGGCGCAAAAUCACAAUGAAGUUCGGCAAGAGCCUGAACAACCAGAUCGUGGAGACGCUCCCGGACUGGCGCGACAAGUUCCUGUCCUACAAGGACCUCAAGAAGCGGCUCAAGCAAAUCGCCGCCGGCUCCGGCGAUGAGCGGCGGAGCAAGCGCCAGCGCGUGGGGUACGGCGGCAGCGGCGGCGGCGGUUCCUCGCCGGCGAUGACCCCGGAGGAGGCCGAGUUUGUCGCCCUCCUCGACGCCGAGCUCGAUAAGUUCAACGCCUUCUUCCUCGAGAAGGAGGAGGACUACGUCAUCCGGCUGAAGGAGUUACAGGACAGGGUGGUGAGCGCCGCGGAGAUGGGGUCGGCGGAGGAGCUUCUGUGGGUGCGGAAGGAGAUCGUCCACUUCCACGGCGAGAUGGUCUUGCUCGAGAACUACAGCGCGCUCAACUACACCGGACUGGUCAAGAUCCUCAAGAAGUACGACAAGAGGACCGGCGCACUGAUCCGCCUGCCCUUCAUCCAGAACGUAAUGCAGGAGCCGUUCUGCGCUACCGACGUCCUGUACAAGCUCGUCAAGGAGUGCGAGGAGAUGCUGGACCAGCUCCUGCCCGGAAACCAGCCGUCUGUGCCAAGCGAAGACGACGGGAAAGAAGACAGCGACAGUGACGACAAGCCGGCGAAGCCCAGCGCCUCGCUGGCCAACGGAAAUGGCACUGGGGACAUGGAGCUGGAGGAAAUCGAGGACAUGGAGAGCAUGUACAUGAAGAGCACGGUGGCCGCGCUCAGGGCGCUCAGGGAGAUAAGGAGCGGGAGCUCCACAGUGAACGCGUUCUCCCUGCCGCCACUAUGGUGAGGGCCGAACUCGCUGCCGACGUUGCAGAUGACUGGGUUGAUUGACAUGUUGUGGUGCUGUGCAUACAACUGCUUCUUUGCACUGCAGCUCAUCCCUGCCUCGUGGGUUGUGCUCAAAGAAGAUUUGCCACUUUGUUGCUGUGUCAUGUACACAAUGUUUGCUUCAUACAUAAGCAGGGGCCUGCGUGGAAGUGUUGCACAAAUAUCAAAUAUAUAUGUCACCACCAUUGAGUAAAUGAUGUGAGUAAAUUAUUAGAUUAGAGUAUUAUAAACUCUCCUAAGGCCACGCCAAUAGUCCACUUAGCCUACUUAUGUUAUAUAAACAGGUUGAAUGAUGAGGGCCACGUAUUGACGAUGAAGAGCUAACUACUAUGUAUAGGUGGGCCUUUUUUUUGCUUUGGUUUGGCUUGGGGUUUUGUUAUUUUUAUGGAUAAGUAAAGAGCACAUGAUUCCCUUUAA